AUGAAGUGGAACUCAACGAAGCCCGUCACCAUGGACGUUGCCUCCACUUUUCCUGUGAAGCCAACUGAGAGUGGAACCCUGCGAAUACUGACAGUAAAUGGAGAAGAGAUUCUGGUGAGUUUUUGGGCCUCUGAUACAGUGCUGGUACUGAAGAAGAGGCUUCAAGAGCUUCUUAUGGAUGGCAGCUCGGAACUGCCAUGUUCUGCCAUGCGCUUGAUCUUUGGUACUGAUGUCUUGUUGGAUAACUGGAUCUUGGGUGAUCACGGAGUGGUUGAUGGACACCAGCUUACACUAGUUCUUUCACCAGCUCCCAUUGGCCUCUUUCGAAACAGCGCACCCUCCGCGGCAUCGGGACUGGGCCUUUCUGCUUCGGUGUGCGCGUCCUUUGCACAAGAUGGGUCCUUUGAGAUCACUAUAGACGAGACGAUGUUCUCUGCUGACGCCUUCGAGCCGCCCAUGUGCUUUCAACAUUCCUAUCAUGGCACUGUUGCUGCUGAAGUGGACUGCUUUCAGAUGACCAUCACGGAGCACCGGUGGUCGGGUCCAGUCCCUCCGGAUGGGCGACAUCGAUCCAUCGAUGGCGUGCUGACUGGAGAGUUCUGUGAAGAUGGUAGUGAGCUGAAACUCCACCUGCCAGUAUCUGGGCGGCUCGGACUGAAGGAAGACGACUUCACCUGGAUCACCCUAUUUCGGGAACCGAUUGAUGAAGAGAACAUCCACAGUGAAGACAAGGAAGACUCUGAUCCCUUCGAAGAUGGCAGCCUGUGGGAACAGGAAUACAAGGGCACGAUUCAGAUGGAAGGGUCUCAGUUUCAGCUGCUUGUGACUGAGAGCACUCGUAACGGUCAGUUUCAUGGUUUGGAGCCACCGGAGGUUUUACUGGGUGAGAAGUGUGAGGAGAGUGGACAUGUGAAGCUCCAGCUCCCCUUUGGGGGGUGCAGUGAUGCAGAGGAACCCCCGCUGAUCUGGCUCACCUUACGAGAGGUAGACUCGGUGCUUGGUGAAUCAGACCCAACCAACCAGGCGGCCAAUGUCUCCCGCCCCAACAUUGUGGCGACCACCGUGGCUGUGGGCGGCCGUGCGCCCGGCGCUGGUGUUCGGGGUGGUGGUGACCUGGGAGAUGAGGGUUUUGGGCGAAGGCAGGGCGAGGCAGAGGGCUUGGCAACAGAACUUUGUGGAAUAUGA